UGAAUCAGAGGGACGGGUUAGGGUUGUUCACCAAACACAGACUGCGUCUAUAUACACUGCUAGCGCUAUAUCUACAGUUAUCAUCAUCUACAGUUACCUAUAUCCGAAAUCCUGGGUUUGUUGUGGAUGAAAUGAAGAACUGAACUGAACCUAAAUUUAGUGCCAUAGGGUUCUGCAAACAUGAAAAAGAAGCAGGUGGUGGUUGUGAAAAGAGAUGGUUGCAACACUUCAUCUUCAGCGUUGAGAAAUAUUAGAUAUGGGGAGUGCCAGAAGAAUCAUGCAGCUAACAGUGGAGGUUAUGCUGUGGAUGGAUGCAGAGAGUUCAUGGCUAGCGCAGAGGAGGGAACAAGUGGUGCGCUUAUGUGUGCGGCUUGUGGUUGCCACAGGAACUUUCACAAAAGGGAAGUGCAGAUUGCAAACUGAGGUACCCUCAACCUAGCUCUGAUCGUAAUUGGUUCCUAAAAUGAAAAAGAAAAAAAAAAGAAACACGAGAAAUAUUAUAUAUAUUGCAGAAUUUGUGUAUUGAAUUUACUGAUUGAACUUUUCUUCCCAUCUUUCUUCCUUUGGGUUCUUGCAAGCUUUGAUUGCCAAUAGAGAGACAUUGAUUCUGGUAGAUCAAAAUUUUAAUGUUCCGGAUUUCUGUUCUUCGAAUAUUGUUCAAAUUGUUCUCUUUUCUUAUUCUCAUAAUUCCAUUCUCUUUUCUCCUCUUUCUUCUUUGUAAACGAAAUGAGCUGUACGGAUUCGAACUUGGUUGUAA